AUGUUCGAAGCAAGACUCGCACAAGGAAGUUUGUUGAAGAAGCUCAUCGAAGCCAUUCGUGAGCUCGUUACCGAUGCUAACUUCGACGUGUCCACCAGCGGAGUUUCCCUCCAGGCUAUGGACACCAGCCACGUCUCCCUCGUCUCCCUCCUCCUCCGCGAGGAUGGCUUCGAGCACUUCCGCUGCGACCGCUCCCUCUCGCUCGGGCUCAACUUGGCGUCUAUCACUAAGAUGCUCAAAUGCGCCAACAACGACGACGCCAUUACCCUCAAGGCCGAGGACCAGGGCGACACUCUCACCCUCAUGUUCGAGAGCCCCAACCAGGAUCGUAUCUCCGACUUCGAGAUCAAGUUGAUGGACAUCGAUAGCGAGCACCUCGGGAUCCCCGACACGGAGUACAAGGCCACCGUGAAGAUGUCGGCAGCCGAGUUCCAGAGGAUCAUGAGGGAUCUCUCAACCAUCGGAGACACAGUCAGCAUCUCCUGCACCAAGGAAGCUGUGAAGUUCUCCGUGGAGGGAGACAUCGGACAGGGCAACGUCAUCAUGAGACAUAACGCUGCUGUCGACAAGGAGGACGAGGCUACCAUCAUUGAGCUGGAGGAACCUGUCUCGCUCACCUUCGCUCUGAGAUAUUUGAACCUCUUCACCAAGGCCACCCCCCUCUCCUCCACUGUCACUCUCUCUAUGUCUCCUGACGUACCCCUGGUCACCGAGUACAAGGUUGGCGACAUGGGCAACAUCCGAUUCUUCCUCGCCCCCAAGAUCGACGAGUAA